CUGAUCCCAAAACCUCCAGUCUUGGACAUCGCCAUGCCGAAAACCGUCAUCUAUAUGCACUACCACACCUUUGCGUCCGCUGCAGCCUUAUUUGCUGCCUCAACUGCUCUACCUGCCGAUACCCUCGCGCAGCACCUGGCUCGGGCUUGCGAAUACGCAGGCAUAUAUCCAGGGGCUGUUGCGCAAGGAACUUGUACUCAAACGGAUGGCAUAUGCAAUGCCGGUGAUUACUCGACAGACUGCGACUUCCAAGAGUAUACCAGUACUUUUCAAGUCUGCCAAUCACCCUCACAAUAUGCAUGUCAAAAUGAAGGAGAUCCUUGCUGGGUAUAUGCGUCGACCAAAUACCUGCCUAACGUAACAUACUUCGCUGACUGUUCUGUUGCCUCGUCGAGGGAAGUAUUUAGCAAUGCCUUUGUUGAUAUGAUAGUGGAGGGAUGAAUAGCUUUGGAAAUGAUGAUCAGAGGAUGAUUGCACGUAUUUCAUUAGGCUUUAUACUGCAUACUGCUUGGCAAAUUCGGGCUUGUCAAGGAUCUGAGGUAGGCAUUUAGGGUCAUCGUAUGCCUUUUGGUUGUUCGGAGCCUUGUCUGAAAGCCACAUCUCGGUUGUGGUCUCGCGUCGGCACAACUUCAAACUAUCUUGAAUUUAAUUAUAUCUAGUGCUAUACAACUUGGUGGGAAACCUGGUUCCGACCUCUGGACUUAUAUCCAAGUCAGGACAAAUUAUAACGAGGAUAAAAAGUAA